UGGUUGUGUAACAGGUGUUUAUUGGGUUCUGGUUCUGUGAGGUCCGCUGAGGGCUGCGCAUGUAACUCUUCUUCUUCAGGUUCUCCAGGUUCUCCAGGUUCUCCAUGCUGUCCAGUGUUCCCGGUCUGAAGUUCCACACCUCGGCCUCCCCUCUGAUGGGGGCCACGGUGGAGCAGUUCGAGCGGGCCAAGAGCCGCCUGUCCUCGCUGAAGGAGGACCCGGGCAACGAGGCCAAGCUGAGGAUCUACGCCCUGUUCAAACAGGCCACUCAGGGUCCCUGCAACACCCCCAAACCUGGCAUGCUGGACUUCGUCAACAAGGUGAAGUGGGAGGCGUGGCGGUCCCUGGGCUCCGUCUCUCAGGACGAAGCCCGGCAGCAGUACUGCGACCUGAUUGGCUCCCUGGCGGCAGCAGAAGGCGAGAGCUCCGCCCCCGUGGCCGCACAGCCCGCCGGAAGCGGGCCGACAUACGAGACGCUGCUGGUCACCACGGAGGACGCCAUCACCACCAUCACCCUGAACCGGCCGGCCAAGAAGAACGCCCUCACCACCGCGAUGUACGACGACAUUAUAGCAGCUCUGGACCAGGCAGCGAAAGACGACUCCGUCAUCACCGUUUUCACUGGCGCCGGUGAUUUCUACUGCAGCGGGAACGACCUGUCCAACUUCACCAGCGUCCCCGAGGGGGGGCUGGAGGAGUCGGCCCGGCGGGGGGGAGAGCUGCUCAGGUGAGCUCUGAUUGGCUCGUUAGUCUCUGAUCAGGUUUAGAUCAUGUUUAGAACAGCUCGUUGCCUGUAGGGUUUCAUCUUUCCGACGCUCCUUGAACACAUCGCGCACAAUAGUGAGUCAUGAGGUCACCUGAAGGAUCCUAUUGGCUCACCACUCCUCUAGUCAUGAGGUCACCUGAAGGAUCCUAUUGGCUCACCACUCCUCUAGUCAUGAGGUCACCUGAAGGAUCCUAUUGGCUCUCCACUCCUCUAGUCAUGAGGUCACCUGAAGGAUCCUAUUAGCUCACCACUCCUCUAGUCAUGAGGUCACCUGUAGGAUCCUAUUGGCUCACCACUCCUCUAGUCAUGAGGUCACCUGAAGGAUCCUAUUGGCUCACCACUCUAGUCAUUCAAGAUUCAAGAUUCAAGAUGUUUUAUUUGUCACAUACACACACAGGGUGUGCAGUGAAAUGAAAGUGGCAAU